GUCAAACCGCCCAAACUCACCCCCACGGCCCCCCCGCCCUCUUCUCUAGCGACUCCCGGUCUCUUAUCCGGCGAACGCUGUCGAUCUGAACGUAGUCUAUCUAAAACGAGAGAUCCGAACAACGCCCUAGCCUGUGUCAAAACAAACGCCAACAGUACCUAUCGUUCACCAGGUCACCUGCAUUACGGUCGGAAACAAAAUCCUAACCUUCAACAACACCUCUCUCAGCAUAAACCUCCUUCCGGCUACAAAGCGCGUACAACGCACUCGUGGAACUCAAUCUCGACAAAAACGACACUGUCACAAUGGCACACUCGCUCGCCUUGCUCGAGACGUCGUAUCCGCCAUCGACCUGAGCUUUCCGGCGAGACCUUAGAGAAUUCAUAUCUCUGCUUUUGGAUUUCCAUGUAAAAAUUGGUUCGAACUUCCUUCUAAACGUGUAUCUGUACUUCGCAUACAAGGGAAGUCCGAAGCAAGUCCCGAUCGAAGUGUUUCUAUUCCAGCCAACUACGGCAGAGAAGAGGCCAGGAGGCGGCGGUGCGGGGGGGGGGGGGGGGGGGGGGGGGGUGGGGGUGGUGAGUUAGGGCAGUGGAAAUUUUGGUCAAGUCUCUGGGCAGAAAUUUCAGUGGGGAGGGACAGUGGUGGGUCCUCUUUUUUAUGCCACGUUGAUGGUUGUGCAAGAUCUAUUCCUAUGUCUUCUGCAGUACUCAAAGAGAUUUCGAUCGAUUUGUGAGUUAUCAGCUGGGAGACAAAAAAAGGCCAGGGGAGCUUAGGGGCUAUACUAUUACAAAUAAUGGUCACCCAAAACAGAAGUUUCAACCCCUCAGGACCAUUAUACCUGACCGCUGUUGAUUGGAGAAACCCACAUCACCGUAGAUCCGCUGCUGCUAGCUUGGUUCAGGGAGUGUACAGUCAAGAACACGACCGCCAGCAGAACCGCCAAGGCCAUCAAGCACGUGCUCCUCCCUGGUGGGACUUCUUCAAUUUUCGGUUAUUCCGCGUGUUGGUUGACAACGAUGAUCACUCAAUUUUUGGUGCCAUUUACGAGUUCAAAUCCCCACCUCCCUACGGUCACCACAAUCCACUCCACAUCCCUCCAAGAUACGUGGUUGCCUUCCGUGGCACGAUGACCGGAUGGGAGACCAUGUCACAGGACCUCACGUUGGAUCUCAAGGUCAUUCGGAAUACGCUGGAACAGAGCGCCCGCUUUCAGCAUGCAAUGCAAGCUGUGCAAUACAUGGUUUCCACAGCCGGAGCCCCAAACAUGUGCUUAGCCGGACAUUCCUUGGGUUCGGCCAUGGCACUGCUAGCUGGAAAGAACAUGGCUAAAAUGGGAUGUUUUCUGGAAACAUAUCUCUUCAACCCUCCGUUCAUAUCCGUCCCAAUAGAGGUGGUGACCAAAACCGAAAUAUUGAAGAAUGGGAUUCGGAUCAUGCGCAGUGUUACGACAGCUGGAGUUACAAUUGCUCUAAACGCUCUACGUCAAAGGCCUCAAACAGGUGACUGGUUUGCUGCGUUGUCGGGGUGGAUUCCGUACCUUUUUGUGAAUCCGUCCGAUCCUAUUUCCGGAGAGUAUGUUGGGUAUUUUGAACACAGGAAGAGGAUGGCGGCGAUUGGAGCCGGAGCUAUUGAAAGGCUUUCUACAAGGAAUUCAAUAUCAGGUGCAACUGAACCACUGCAUCUCCUUCCUUCGGCGUAUCUGACUAUUAAUGGGAGCCCCGUUCAGGGUCUUGGGCAGGCGCAUGGGCUAGACCAAUGGUGGAAGCCGAAUAUUCAAUGCCGGUCCAAGCUUCACCAGUUGAUCUCAGGUAAUUGAUGAUUUCUGUACUGUACGUGAUACUUUCUUCCGGGGAGAUGUUGUCUUGAGAGCACAUUGCAUAGUUUGGUGUUUUCUUUGGUGAACUUUUUAUGUUUCUUUCUCCUGAACCGUAUUUUGGACAUGGAAAAUAAGACGGAAAAUCUUGACAGAUCGUUAGCCGGAAUGUUUGUGAAGCUGUAAAAAUCUGUUGUUUAAGGUACUACACUGGGAUGUUCUCUACUUCUUUCUUGACGUACUGGUGCAACCCACUUUGGCAUGACGUCCUAGGAAAUUUUUGAUGUAUUAAUUUUGGUCACAAUGUCCGGUGAUUACAAAUGUGAGGUGCAUGACAUCCUGUCUUGCAUCGUUGAAAUGCAACGCUCAACGUAGUAUCCUCUUCGCAGCU